CUCAAUGUCGUGUUCUAUUGGUGUGUUGGAUAGCUCUACAGGCUCCUCCGAAUUAUUAUUUGACAGAUAAUUGUAAAGACAAUACAAACUCCCAAAUACAAUCGUGACAUGUGAAAGUAUUCUUUUCAAGUCUUUUUUAAAAUAAGCGAUAGUUUGCACUGUGUUUUGUCUACGUUGUUUUAAGCAUGGUCCGUAAAAGUUUUAUGAGUCUAGAGACAAAAUUAAACAAUGCGGAUCUCAAUUUUGUUUGUGUUGCUGUUGUUCAGUGUUGAUUUAAGCAUUUCCAGAAUCCGUCAGAUUCCACUCCCAGAUAAUCUUCUGGAGUGUAACAGACGUCUGAAAGAUGUAAAUCCGUACAGCUUUAUUGGAAGUCUCUACAGCUGGUUGUGUGAAAACGCAAUUGUUGAUGCCUCUGGACUAAACGCGUCAAUAGGCGCUUAUAACAUAUCUCUCGAGGAGUUUUAUAAGAAAAUCUUCGAUGACCAUUCGACCAGACAACCUCGGCAAGCAGCCAACAAAUGUGUCAGAAAAGAAUACCGCAUGCUAACACCAGAAGAAAGGAAGAGAUACCAUGAUGCAAUCAACAUACUAAAGAAAGACACUUCAAUCGAGCCUGAUAAAUAUGACGCCAUUGCGAAAAUUCUUGAAUCUACUCCAAAAACAAUUUAUCAAGGACCAGGCUUUCUUGGCUGGAACAGAAUCUAUUUAUAUCUCUAUGAGAACGCUUUAAGACAAGUUGAUCCACGAAUAUGUUUGCCCUACUGGGACUCUACUCUUGAAAGUCAACUUAAUAACCCUCUUGAAUCAUCAGUAUGGUCAGCUGAAUAUUUUGGAACAGCCAGAGGUCCAGUGAGAAAAGGACCAUUUGCAAACUGGAGACUUCCAGAUGGGACCCAGCUGAUUAGGAAUGUAGGAGUAGACGGUGAUUUACUAAACAAUCAAAUUAUUGAUGACAUUCUUUCAAGACGCAGGUACGAAGAAAUCACAUCAAUAGAAGAAUCUGGCCAACAGUACAGUAUAUUAUACAAUCGGGGUUACGUUCACAUGUAUGUCGGCGGAAUGAUGGCAUCGUUGAGAAUGUCGACAUAUGAUCCGAUUUUCUUUAUGCACCAUGCGUUUAUCGAUUACAUCUUUGAAAGGUUUAGAGCCAGACUUAGAAGUCUUGGGGUUGACCCGACUGUGUACCCAAAAUGGGGAAACGGCACUUUACAUGAACCCAACGCUCCCAUCAACAUUUUCAAUUACACUGUGAAAGACGGCUACAGUGAACUGUUUGCCAGCUAUGCUGAGUACGAGCCUGUCCCAUUUUGUACGAUCUCAUCAAUUUCAUGUGGACCAGGAUCACUAGUUUGCAAUGUUAAAACGGGGCACUGUAUUCCCACCAUAAGACAACGAACAACAUCAAAAAGAGAUACUGUGGAAAGUUUUGAUAAUGUGGGUGUCUUCAAGCCCAAGUUACCCUACGCUCAAUCCACCCUGAUCGACUACUGUUGCGAUGAGUCAUGUGAUGUAAGCAACUGGAUUAUGAUCCCUGUUAGGGUUGUCAAAACGAGGUUACCUACACAAAGAAAGUACAGUAGCUACCCUGCCAGGGGCGGAUUAGUUAACGGCUGUCUGGAUAUAUAUUCACUUAAAAAUGUUCAAACUCUAAUGACGUACAUCACUGAUUGGAAGUCAAAUAGAUCAAGGUUCGACAGGUGUGAGAGACAGGCCUCCGUGAGUCAGAUUGUCUUGUACUCACAUGGCCUCAAUUACCAUGGAUACUUUAAAAACUCUUCUAUUGUCACCUUAAAGCAUUCCAACUCUGUGUCACUGGGCUACAUUGGUGUUAAGAAACCAUCGGAUGUAAAAGGUGGAGAGAGUAGGGCUUUGGUUCGAGCCCAUGAUGCUUGUGGUCGCAUGUGUCACGUGGCCUGUUUCGACAAAGCACGUGGAGAGUACAAGCUUUGUUCAGGUGCAAUAGCUGUCAAUUACGAGAAACCGCUCAUGUAUGGACGUCAGUUUAAUGAUGCUAUUUUAAGAAAGUUUAACUUCAUUGGAGAUAAAAAUGUUACACAAUUCAAGAAAGAUAAUUUAUUUCUGACUUUCUACUGUGACUAGAUUAAAG